UGAUAGUCGGCGGUUGGAAGCAUCAAAAAGCUCUCACUUCAAGUUGAAUACCAACGGAAUAUACGAUCAGUACAAUUUUUAAGACAUAGCGCAACAGAUCGUGGAACUUCCGCUGGUAAAAAAUACGAAAUAAACAAUAGACAUCUGAUGAUGGACUUAAAGUGUUUUGUAUUGUGUCUUUUGGCAUAUACCUGCUACGCACAGGACACAUCGUUGGACGCUCUAAUUGCUGAUAUUUUUAAAACCGAUCCAAACUCAUUCAGUUCGACUAGCCCCCUUCCAAUCCUUUCCUCAACCUCAGUAAUUCCUGACACUGCUAAACAAAGUGAUGAAUAUGAGUCCUGUGGCUACCAAAAAGAAUGUGUACCUCGCUGGUUAUGCUCAAACGACACCAUAAAUACAAGUGGCGAAAAUAUAAUCGAUAUUCGCAUUGACACAGAGUCACCAUGCAAAGGAUAUUUCAAUAAAUGCUGUGAUCUUCCCAACAAGAUAGAUAAAAAGGACGAACCCAUUAAUCCUGUUAUCACAAAUAAGGGCUGCGGUUACCGUAAUCCCAAUGGCAUUACUUUUAAAAUAACUGGUGCCUUGGAUCAAGAGGCUGAGUUCGCUGAAUUUCCCUGGAUGGUUGCCGUUUUACGUGAAGAGUCGCAACUUAACCUGUACGAGUGUGGAGGUGCAAUCAUAACACCUGAUGUUAUUCUGACUGCAGCUCACUGCGUUUACAACAAGGACGCCCAAUCUCUCAUUGUGCGAGCUGGUGAGUGGGAUACACAAACCAAAGAGGAGCCGAUUCCACAUGAAGAUCGUUAUGUCAAAGAAAUUAUCUACCACGAACAAUUUAAUAAGGGAUCGCUUUAUAAUGACGUCGCUCUACUCUUUCUCGAAAGUCCUUUAGAAUUCAAAGCAAGCAUUCAGCCCGUAUGUCUUCCAAAUGUAGGGGAACAAUUCGACUUGGAGCGUUGUUUUGCCACAGGGUGGGGCAAAAAUAAGUUUGGCAAAGAUGGUGAAUAUCAAGUAAUUCUGAAGAAAAUCGAUCUUCCUACUGUUGCACAUGAAAAGUGUCAAACCAACUUGCGCUCAACACGCCUGGGAAAGCAUUUCAUAUUGCACGAUAGUUUUAUAUGCGCUGGUGGCGAAAAGGAUCGCGAUACAUGCAAGGGCGAUGGUGGUUCACCCUUAGUCUGCCCUAUUAAGGGUCAACCAAACCGCUUUAAAUCCGCUGGUUUAGUUGCCUGGGGCAUUGGAUGUGGAGAAGAAAAUGUACCCGGUGUUUAUGCAAGUGUUUCUUACUUGCGACCAUGGAUAGACCAAAAACUUAGCCUAAGGCAGAUUGAUACAAAAUAUUUCACUCCCUGAUCAAAAAAUGUAAUACCUGUUGAAAAAACAGCUGUUCAAUAGUAACUACGGGAACAAAAUAAAACCUAAUAUUGUUUACAAAAUUUA